UUGGACUCAGUGCAGGAUCCUGGGAGGGGAAGAUCCAUCCAUGAGGCAGCUGAGGGAUUUUUGAGGAGAAACUGCGGCAAUUCAGCUCUUUCUGGUGGAUGUUGAGAGGUGAGGCUGUGGUGAUCUCGGGGAGGAAGCUGGCCCGGCAGAUCCGGCAGGAAGCCCGGCACGAGGUGGAGCAGUGGGUGGCGGCGGGGAACAAGAGGCCCCACCUGAGCGUGGUGCUGGUCGGGGAGAAUCCUGCCAGCCACUCCUACGUCCUCAACAAGACCAAGGCAGCGGCUGACGUGGGGAUCAGCAGUGAGACCAUCCUCAGACCAGCUUCCAUCACUGAGGAGGAGCUGCUGGAUUUGAUCAGCAAACUCAACAACGAUGCCAACGUGGACGGGCUGUUGGUGCAGCUCCCCCUGCCUGGACACAUCGACGAGCGCAGUGUCUGCAACGCCGUCAGCCCCGACAAGGACGUCGACGGCUUCCACGUGAUCAACGUGGGCCGCAUGUGCCUGGACCAGGACUCCAUGUUACCUGCCACCCCCUGGGGAGUCUGGGAGAUCAUCAAGAGGACUGGGAUCCCAACGCUGGGCAAGAACGUGGUGGUGGCCGGGAGGUCGAAGAACGUUGGGAUGCCCAUCGCGAUGCUGCUCCACACCGACGGCAAACACGAGCGGCCCGGGGGUGAUGCCACAGUCACCAUCUCCCACCGCUACACCCCCAAGGAGCAGCUGAAGCAGCACACGAUCCGUGCGGACAUCGUGGUGGCAGCAGCAGGCAUUCCCAACCUGAUCACAGCUGACAUGAUCAAAGAAGGAGCUGCAGUGAUUGAUGUGGGAAUCACCAGAGUGCAGGAUCCUGUCACUGCCAAGUCCAGGCUGGUUGGGGACGUGGAUUUUGAAGGGGUGAGGAAGAAGGCCAGUUACAUCACCCCAGUGCCGGGCGGGGUCGGGCCCAUGACCGUGGCCAUGCUGAUGAAAAACACCAUCAUUGCUGCCAAGAAGCUGCUGAAACCCAAAGAGCUGGAAGCACUGACUGCUUGACCUGGGCCAUCCUUCUCCUUCGUAGCACUGAAAGCAACAUUCCAAACUUGACUCCCAAACAGGCCGAUAGAAAAUGCAAUAUUUUUUUAUUUAUUGUCUCGGAACGGGGGAAAUUUUCCCCACUCGGAGGCCGCAGGUAUUUAUUGGAAGCUGAAGCAGCUGCGUCUUGGUGGUCCUGAGGCGUGUCAAUCUACACUCCUGUGCUCCUGCUGCUUGUAAAGCUGCUCUGUGUGUGAGCCAGCCCUGCUCCUGCAGGGGUUUGGGAUCCU